GUAGUAAUCGGGAGGGGGCGCUGGUGAGACGCGGCGCUUGGUUGUUGUGCAUCCUGUGGCGUUAUGAAGGAGGAAGCCUUGUACUGAGGGAAAACUCGAUGAAUUGUGGAGUCAGUUAAUGUGAAGAUUAGCGUAAAACAUGGAAAACUAUAGACAAGACUUUGGAUUUUAUUGCAGCAAAGAACCAAUAUCUGUUAUUGCCGGAAAAAUAUUGUCAGCUCUGCAGCCCGAGCAUUCAGUGAGCGUUUUCAGCACUUCAGUAUUAUAGCAAAUGAUAUGGAUAACUGGAAUUACAAGAAAGAACGAAUGAGGGAAGUAGAGGAGACCCAGGCUAGUCACAAUAGGUCAGAAACUCAUAGCAGCAAUUCCUUUUUCACAGGAUAUUAUGACAAGAUUGCUUAUGCUGGAUUACCUGUAAAACGUCAAGUCCUUUCAUCAUCUCUGUCACCAAAAAUUUUGACCAGGAGUGAUAUUGAUCAAGAUUAUGUCCAACCAUUCGUGAAUAUUUGUUCAGAUAUAGUGCAAGAGGAUAGAGAAAGACAGAAGAAGAAACCAGUAGCAUUAGGAACAAAUAAUAAUAGUCUAUCAAUUCCAUCUUCAUCUGAAAAGCUAGAGAUGAGUGUUCCUGAAAUUGAAGUUAAGAGAAAAUGGAAUGGUGUAAGUGAUGGGAUAAAGUUGUGGAAUAUUUGGACUAUGAAUGAGGAGCAGCAGUGCAGGUUACUAGAGGAGAUCCGGCAUGCUGAGGCCAUUGUACUAACUAUGCUUUUUCAGAACGGAUCAUCACAGCUUUGUCCAUCGAAGGAUGACAAUACAUCAAUGAAUGGAAUUUUAUUAUUAAUUAAAAAGAAAAAUGAAUCUGUGUCUGAUGCCGAAAUCUAUCAUGCCAACAAUACUUACAUUCAUAUAACUAUUACGGAUGAUGCCUUAUGGGAAGAAGGUCAGAUACAACAUAGUUUGCUAAGAACCACACUACUCCACAUCUUACAAAGCAGAGCUCCGGUUAUUUGCUUCAAUGCAAAGGAUUUCCUUCGAGCAAUUUAUGGGAAGUUUAUGAACUGCAGUAACGUGGCCCAAAGUGUUUUCAUAGAUCCAAGAAUAGCAGCCUGGCUUUUAAAUCCAGCUGACAGUAGUUCUUCCUUUGAAGAUUUAGUGAAGAAACACUCUGCAACUUUGGACACGGGAGCUACAAGCAAUGCUCCACAUUCUUGUCUCCAAACCACUUGCAAGAAUUUAGCUGCUUUAUACAAUCUUAUGGUGAGCCUAGAACACAAACUGCAGGAAGAAGGAUUGUGGGACUUGUUUUACACCAUUGAACUUCCACUUAUUACUAUUCUGGCUGUAAUGGAAAACUGUUCCAUUGAAAUAAAUCAAGAAGAACUUAAGAAGACAUCUGUACUGUUGGGGAUUCAUCUUAAAGGGCUAGAGAAAGAAGCUCAUCAUGCUGCAGGACAAACGUUCAGGUUAACUAGCAGUAAUGAACUUAGGGAGAUACUUUAUGAAAAGUUCCGUCUGCACUUGAAGUGUAAAAGUAAGCUUCCCCAGACAAACUUGGGCCAUCGCUUAUCUACAGCGGAACCUGCGUUAAAUCAACUUAAAGACCUGCAUCCAUUGCCUGGAAUUAUUUUACAAUUUAGACAAAUACAAAAAAUAAAGUCAACAUUUGUUGACGGCCUCCUAACCUAUGUCAAUAAGGGCUGCGUGUCUCCCACCUGGAAUCAGACAGGCACUGUAAGCGGGAGGCUUUCAGCAAAACAUCCUAACAUCCAAGGUAUUUCCAAGUUUUCAGUUCAGUUUGAGAAGCAACCACAAAUACAAGGAAAAAGCAAAGAAGAAAUAGCUAUCAACCCAAGGUCCAUGUUUGUGUCCACUAAGGGCUAUUCAUUCCUCGCAGCAGAUUUUUCUCAGAUAGAACUGCGUUUACUUGCUCACUUUUCUGCUGAUCCAGCCAUUCUGAAAUUAUUCCAUGAAACAGAAAGAACUGAUGUAUUUACAGCCCUAGCUUCCCAGUGGAAAGAUGUAGAGUAUGAAAAUAUAACCCAGGCUGAGCGAGAACAAGCAAAGCGAGUAGUGUACUCUGUCAUCUAUGGAAUAGGAAAAGAGCGUCUUGCAGAAUGUCUUGGAACAACACCAGCUGAAGCUAAUACAUUUAUUGAAUGCUUUCUUCAAAAGUACAGGGUAUCUGAUUUUACCCAGAAAGUUAUUCAAGAGUGUCACAGUAAAGGAUAUGUGAUUUCACUGAUGGGACGCAAAAGGCCUCUCCCUCAUAUUAAUUCAAGGAACUAUGUCCUGAGGGCCCAGGCAGAAAGGCAGGCUGUCAACUUUGUCAUCCAAGGAUCCGCUGCUGACUUGUGCAAACUGGCAAUGAUUAAAAUUUCUGCGUCAGUCACAUCGUCUUUCUACUUAACAGCGAGGCUUAUUGCACAAAUUCAUGAUGAAUUGUUGUUUGAAGUUCAGGAUUCACGGCUAAAAGAAUUUGCAGAAGUUGUUAAAGGCGUAAUGGAAUCCAUGCAACACACCGAUGGUGUUCAAUUAAAGGUGCCUCUGAAAGUAACACUAACCUCUGGAAAAUCCUGGGGAUGCAUGACUGAGCUUCAAGUAAAGUAGAACAGAGACUUACAUGACUGUGAUUUGGUAACCUUAUACUUACCCGGCCUGCGCUGAUACUUUUGUGAAUCGCUAAGCAACUGCUUAGCUUGAUCUUUCAUCAGCACCUAAUAGUCGGCAUUUAAAUUUGUCUUGUAUCAUUCUGUCUGUAGCCACGGGCAACCACGCUAGGACAGAAGCCGGUUCGUGCCAGUUUAUUGUACUUUUUUUAGUCGCGGAACUCAGCCGGCAGCUGCAGGUUUUUAUUCUUAAAUUGCAAUGGUUAUUGAACAAAAGCGGCCUGAAUAACAUCCAUCUUCAUCACCGCGCUCUAUCUUGGAGGAAAUAUAUUCUCAUAAUCCUUCAAUGGUGUGAAUACAGAUACGUUACUGCUCAUUACUGAGCCACGGAUAGAGGUGUUAAUUCUCCUGUUUGCAUUAAAUAUCCGUUUACAUUAGAAGUGUGAAUUUCUUCAAUUAUUAUGUUGCUAUGGCACCACGAUCUCUGGG